CCUCUAACGAUACUAACGUAUCCUUCCUUCCCAUUGUAUUGGCGGAACGCAUUACGUAGUGAGAAACAUUAUUAGAUGGAGAUCAAUUAAAAAUAAUCAACAUGAAAUUUGUUUCGCAUCAGUUAUGGUUGAGGAAGGUUUCAUGUUUGCCGUCACGAAGGUGAAGCCCGUCGUCCGAAAGGAUCGGUUAUCAACAGCCAUCAACCGUGGAAUUCACCCGCGCUUUGGCAUUAUUAUUUCUUGCCAAAAAUUUUGGUUAGGUGCAACGCACUGGUUGAGCUUAGCUUUUGCGUUAGUCGGUUUAGCAAGUUCGAAUCAGCAACAUCUUAAAAAAAUAUGUCUCUCCGUUCGGGCGUUGCAGUGUCAUGGUCAAUGAAGCAAGCUGAUACUCGAUCGGCGGGAUCAGCGAGUGGCAAAAGUUUGCACCUGGAGCGAUUAUUCAUGAUCCUGACAGUGGUGAUAGAUUUCGUCAAAGUUGUGAUACUGAGUGGCCCAAUCUUAGGAAGAAAAUUGUAUCAAUUGAUAGUGCCUAAAGAUCCGCGAAAUGUGAAGGGUCAACUGGCUUUGAUUACCGGAGGAGGCAACGGGUUGGGUAAACAGAUGGCCACAGAGUUGGCCAACAGAGGUUGCAACUUAGUGAUCGUGGAUAUUGAUUUGGCAGCGGCAGAAAGUACUUGCGAAGAUUUGCGGAAACAUAAUGUCUCGGCUCAUCCGUUUCGGGUUGAUGUGUCUUCGUUUGCGGAUGUUCAAAAUCUCGCUGACACAAUCUAUCGGGAUGUCGGUCCGAUUGAUAUUCUGAUCAAUAAUGCUGGUCUCGUCCAGUUUAAGCCACUUCAGGAGACCUCUCCGAGUGAGAUUGAUCGCAUAAUUGAUGUGAACGUAAAAUCCAACGUUUGGAUGACGAAGGUGUUUCUGGAGAAGAUGAUCGAAAACAAGCGCGGCCACAUCGUUGCCAUCUCGUCCAUGUCCGGCAUGUAUGCCUUCCCGUGGGCGGUUAUCUACUCGACGUCCAAAUAUGCGGUUAAUGGUUUCAUGUCGGCCCUGACGGAGCAGCUUCGGUUGCAGGGCCACUCGAAGUACAUCCGGACGACCUGCGUGUGCCCCUACUACAUUGCCACCCGGAAGGAUAUUGUCGAUUUCCUCAAAAAACCUCGAUUUGAAAUUCUAACCACCGAACGAACGGCCCAAGUGAUAGUGGAAGGAAUUCUACAGAACAAAGACUUCAUAGCGAUACCACCGUUUUUCGAAAUUGGUGUUAAAAUCAUGCAGUUGUUCCCAUUGAGGGUGCAGCAGUUGGUUCGAGACUAUAUCAUACGAGAGUACGAUUUAAACUCUUCUAAUUAAAAUAACUUCAUAAUCAACUUCAAAUAAAAAAAAUUUAAAAAAACAU